GAAGACGCACUGGCGAAGAUGCGCUCCUUGAUUGAACUCACCUCGCGCAGCUUUGAAGAGGAGCUCGUCGACAUCCGCUUCCUCCUGGACAAGGAGGUGACCGAUUUGCAGGAAAGGCGCUCACUCCUCGAGGAAGCGGCGCAGAGCGGGGACGCGGCUGCGUGGGAGGAAGUGAAGAGUUCCUUCACUGUAAACCCUGUUGCAGGUCUUCCUCAUGUCGCCUCUCAACUGAUGUCUGACUUUUCGAGCGAAAAGUCAAAUUUCAAGUUAGCAAUGGGCUCUGACUCGAACGCUGAGGACGAUGCGGUGCAGUGGAUAGCGACGGUGCCAGCCUCCGAGGAUCCCUUCGCUAAACUGCUUAUGUGCCGUCUCUUAUGCAAGGGCGGUUUGAAGCAAGCUCCGUCACUGGAAAAAGUACAGCCGGAGAAAGAUCUGGAGGCCCAGAAGUGCGAGAAGAACAAGGAGACUGAAAUCGAGGAGGAGGAGGAGGAAGAGUAUGAGGAAGGUCUGCAGUGGGAGGAGCGGUCGAACACCCUAGACCAUCUGUCUGCCGAGGAGAUGGCCGCCCGCCUCCGCAUUGGCUCUGUUGUCGGGCGAGGUCGAGACUGGCAGGGCACAGAUAGUUCAAUGAGGUCAGGCAAGGUGAAGAACAUCGAGGCCGGAAAGGUGACUGUCCAGUGGUCUUGCGGCGUUAGAGGUACCUACAACAUGGGGGCUGAGGGCCAGUACUGCCUCAAGCUCUUCGCCAACCAUCUUGAGAAUGGCUGGGGGGUGCUGUCUAGGGGCACUCCCGAAUCGCUUAACUGUGACAAACUCAGCGGCAGCAAUGAUAUUAAAGAAAAAACCAGCCUCCUUACCUCAGGACGUUUGAAGAACGUGCGCGCCCUGCUGUCGCUGCGCUGCACAUCGCCAGGCUGGAGCAGGCAGGUGCUCCAGCAGGCCGCUGCCGACCUUGAGGACCUCGUGCUGGUGAACCCCGAGCAGCAGCACCUAGACGUGGUCCAGGACAUGCCGCGCCUGCGCAAGCUCGUGCUGAUGGGCGCGGGCAAGCUGGUCGCGCCGCUGCCGCCGGGCCUCGAGGAACUUUACCUGCAGACCGUGAACCGCGACCAGCUUCUCGUGGUGGCAAAGUUGCCGGCGCUGCGGCGCCUGGAGGUAGGCUGCCACUUCAGCGACCCUGUCCCGGAGGUGCCCUUCCCCCGCGCCUUGCCGCCGGCUGGCCUGCGCUGGCUGCGGUGCGGCCUGUACCCGCUGAGGACGGCGCUCAGGCUCAUGCGGGCGCACCGGGCCACACUAGAGGUUGUGGAAUUAGUAGCUGCAUCGCGAGAGCCUUACGGCUGCCCGGACCUGGCGACCGAGCUCGGCCGCUGCCGGCUGCGACGCCUCAAGAGGCUCAUUUUCUUACGGGAGACGGGUAAAAAAUUCUGCAAGCAUGAUGCAUUGGAUUGCAGUAAACAAAAAUUUCAGGUAUGGGACGUUUUGAUGACGUUGGGCAUCCUGACCGUUGUCGAGUGCAGCCUCUGCGACUAAACGACGGCUGCAGCUUUUUUUCAUUCUUAAAACUGUUCGCGAAAUCGUCAGAAAGCAUUCUUAUUAUUGUUUGAUUUUAUUUUUAAUGCUACGGAGCAUUCCCACUUUAACUUGUCAUUCAUUGGACGUGUGUACUGUGUUGUUACAGUAAUAUAGUAUUGUAGACAAACGUCA